AUGGGUUUAAAAAGGUGUUCAAAGACUGGAGUAGAAGACAUGAACUACAUGGUAAAAACAAAGGACAUAAGUGGUCAUAGAGAACAGUGCAAACCCAAUCUCGGCAAGUCUCAGAAAAGACGCAACUUAAGUUCAUACAUUAUUAAAGGUCAAAUAGCUAGGCUGCGAGAAACGUGGAGUGGAAAAUGCAUUUGUAGAGCACCGUUAACAGGAUAAAACACUGGCUUCAUUCAUCACUUCCUGUGCACGUAUCUGAAAUGAUAGAAUAAGCGUUACAUCAAAAUGAGUAUAAUCAUUAGAGCGAUCCUAUUUGGGGGAAUAUGUAUCCUCGCCGUGGAAUGUUCAAUUGGACACGUGUUUCAUAAAAGGAGAAACACCAGAGCCCUAAAUGUGACGUAUGCGAUGCCGUUCUUAUCAGUCGACGAGUGCGCAGUUUUCUGCGCAUCGACAGAUGGGUGUACUCACUUCAAUUUCCGGAAGUUGAAUGGAAACGACACAUGCAAUUUAUUGAAGAAAGAUUGCACAAUUGCUAAAGGCAAAGACCACGAUUAUGAUCUAUGGCAUAUUGGAUCACGACCCGCAGGGUUGAUCUAUGUCGGCUGCACAAGCGUUACUGAUUCAAAAAAUAACAAUUACCAUGACAACAACAUGACCAUAUAUGGCUGUGUUGAUUACUGCGCAAGCCGAGGUUUCAGAUAUGCAAAGGCAUAUGAAGGUUUUCGUUGUAUGUGCGGAGGGUCCAUUAACUGGGUUGAGGAAUAUGAAAAUGGCUGCACAACGACGUGUAUUGGAAACUCAUCCCAAAUAUGUGGCGGGGCCUCCUCUCAAUAUUUAUCAACAUACCUACUGACCUAUUGACACUGUUAGUCACGUCGUGGAUAGUUCGAGCCAGGCGCAUGCAUGCCGUAACCACGAGGUUGCGAGUUCGAGAACCGUUUUAUCCAUUUACGACACAGAAGGGACAACAACGCAUGCGUGGAUUACAACCUCUCACA